CCUCAGUUUGAAACACCAAGAAGCAGGCGGAGUCGAGUGUCAUCAAAGUGAAUGAGUAAACAAGUACUUUGAGCCGGCUGCCUUUCUUUGACUUUCUUGUGCUGAGUGUGCUCUCCACAGUAUACUAUAUUGCCAUGGCGGCAGCUCGAAGGGCUAGUGUUGUUGUGGCUGCUUGUGCUUCAGGAUUCGUUCUCUAUUAUGCUGGCAAGAAGUACUUUCUACGUAGUUCUGGCUCCAUUAAGAAAGGUGGAAAGGAUGAAUUGAAGCCUGAAGAUGCAUAUGUCAAGAAAAAACCUAGUCCUGCUGUGGACAAAAUUUUUCUAAACCGCUUGCUGAAGUUAUUACGUAUUUCUAUCCCUGGCCUAAUGUCAAAAGAGUUUGCUCUUCUUGUUCUACACACAUCCUCACUUGUGGCCCGAACAUUCCUCUCGAUUUAUGUAGCUACUCUCGAUGGUAAAAUUGUCAAAUCAAUAGUCGACAGACAAUUGGACACUUUUCUGAAGCAUGUCAUUAACUUCAUAAUGAUUGCUAUCCCUGCUACCUUUGUGAACAGCCUCAUUCGCUAUUUGGAGAACAAGCUAGCCCUAGCAAUUCGCACACGCUUAGUGGACUAUGCCUACUCCCUUUACUUCAAAGACCAGACCUAUUAUCGAGUGAGCAAUCUGGACGGCCGUUUGGCCAAUCCUGAUCACUCUCUCACAGAAGAUCUACAAGCCUUUUCAAGUGCCGUCGCACACAUCUACUCUCAUGUCAGCAAGCCACUUCUUGAUGUUGUCAUGAUGAGUAUAGCUUUGGCUAGAGUUGCUCGGAAAAGGGGGGAGACAUCAAACUCUCCGGGAUGGCUAGCCCUCGGUGUGGUGGCUGUCACUGGCUACAUAUUGAGGCUUGUGUCUCCACCGUUUGGAAAGCUGGUUGCUGAAGAAGCACGAAGGAACGGCUACCUGAGAUAUGUUCAUUCCAGGCUCAUUACCAAUGCCGAGGAAAUAGCCUUUUACGGAGGCCACUUGAUUGAGCACUCUCUUCUGCGAGACAGCUUUGCUGCAUUGGCCGAGCAAAUGUCCUCUAUCUUUAGACAGAAGCUCUGGUUCAUUGUGAUUGAGCAGUUUCUGAUGAAAUACUUGUGGGCACUGACAGGGAUGGUAGUUGUGGCAUGGCCUUUGUUAACUGGAUCAGGUCAGGAGAAAAAUGCCUCCAUCAGUGAGAGGACUCAGUCCUACACUACAGCCAAGAACUUGCUGGUGAAUGGAGCCGAUGCACUGGAGAGAAUUAUGUCCUCCUACAAAGAGAUCACUGAACUUGCUGGGUACACACUUCGAGUGAGUGAGAUGCUGACUGUGUUUGAGGAAGUCCAACAGGGGAAGUAUGAAGUGACUCAAGUGGCCGAGGAGAAAAAAGAUGAGAUUUCUGCUAAAGCGACAUAUGGGCCCCCAGGCUCUGAAUUAUCGAGUGUGGAUGAGCACCGGGUUGAGAAGGACCAGUGUAUGAGAUCAGCUGUGCCCCGGGGGGAGGUGCUAGAGAGCCUGGACACCAUUAUCCUGGAGAAUGUGCCCAUCAUCACCCCCAACAGAGAUGAAGUUGCAUCAGACCUUACUUUUACAGUGAAGUCUGGCAUGCACCUGCUAAUCACAGGCCCCAACGGCUGUGGUAAGAGCUCUCUGUUUAGGAUACUCAGUGGUCUGUGGCCCAUCUAUAGAGGUAGACUCACAAAGCCACCUCCUUCCACCAUGUUCUACAUACCUCAAAGACCAUACAUGUCAGUUGGCAGUCUGCGUGAUCAGGUGAUCUAUCCAGACUCCCAGGAGGACAUGCUGAGCAAGGGACUCUCGGACAAGGACAUAGAGGCUAUCCUGGACAUUGUGCACCUCAAGUACAUUGUCAGGAGAGAAGGAGGCUGGGACUCCGUGAAUGACUGGAAGGAUGUGUUCUCUGGUGGCGAGAAGCAGAGGAUGGGAAUGGCAAGACUCUUCUAUCAAAAGCCCAAAUUUGCUCUGUUAGAUGAAUGCACUAGUGCGGUGAGCAUUGACGUGGAGGGAGGGAUAUUCCAGGCUGCCAAGGACCAGGGCAUCACUCUGCUCACUAUCACACACCGGCCUUCUCUAUGGCAAUUCCACACUCACCUGCUCCAGUUCGAUGGAGAGGGUGGCUGGAGGAUGGAGAAGCUAGAUACUGCCACACGACUUACACUUAAUGAGGAGAAACAGAGACUCGAGGGACAGCUGGCCGGAAUACCAAAAAUGCAAGAGAGACUCAAAGAACUGUGCUCUAUUCUAGGAGAGGCUUCUAUACAGUUAACCUCUUAAUUCCUAUAGAGUCUUAACAUGCUGUAUAAUUAUUUAUAGAUCUUUUGCUAUUUAUUGUAUAUACUAUAAUUAUAUACAUUACAUUUAGUGCUAUUUAUUUAUA